AUGGAACAAGAGGAAAAUCCAGGUGUAGCGGAAGCCACUGAGAUCUCUUCUCCCAAUCUGGCACACCAGACCACUGAAAGAGCAGCACAGCUUCAGCCGGUGUGCGGAGGGCUGCUCGGUGCUGAGUGGGGGGGGACCUACACUGAGAAGGAGAUCUGUGCAAUUAAAGGAUCCACUGUGAAGCUUCAGUGCUCCUUUAAGUUCCCGCCCACAGAAGACGGGCAUGUGAUCAAGGUCAAGGAAAAAUUUUGGUUCACCAAAGAUCCAAAUGAAGAUCUGAGACUGGACCCUCAGUACUUUGGUGGUGUGCAGUCUGAGUGUCAUGGCAACCUCUGCAGUCUGACCAUCGCAGACGUGAGACGGAGUGACGAGUUCACGUUCAGAUUCUCAACUAACCAUUCCAGAGGAGACUUCAUCGUCACGCCUGGUGUCAAAGUGACCGUCACUGGUACUGCUUUCCAUGAAACACAUUUCCACCAAGCUCAGUCCAGUUUGAGGCAUGGAGAGGAAAUCCAAAAUGCAAAGUAUGACUCCAAAGACAGUUACUCCUGUGCUGUAAGAGGACACGAGCAAGAUGUGUCUCCUCCAGAGUGUGUGUUGGACACGUCAUGUCACAAGGUGGUUUACUACAAGAGACACAUCUGUGCCAUCCAAGGAUCAUCAGUGGACAUUAGCUGUAAAUACAAGAGCUAUGGAGAUACCCAGACGCAAUUCUGGUUCCGUACAGAUUCUAGUCAAUCCAUGACAGAAUAUUUCACAGUAGAACUUCAGUCUGGAGGUUACCUUGCAUCUUCUAAACAAAGCAGACUGACAAUAAAAGAUGUGAGGCAGAGUGAUUCUGCUGAGUACCGCUUCAAAUUCACCACUGAUGAUGGUUUUGAAUGGAGGAGUAUUUUACCUGGAAGCACCUUGACAGUAGCAGCUGUGCAGGUGCAGGUGAUGUCAGUCAGAGUUGAAGAUUCUCACCUUGUUGCACAAAUGUUGUGUCACACAAGCUGCCUUCUAGAAGCUCCUUUGUCUUUUGUGUGGCAUCACAAUGGAGUGAAUAUAACGAAUGGAACCAAAGUAGAAGUCACCUUGUCACCUGGAGACUACAUCACCUGUGCUGCACAACAACAUCAACAUAUCAGCAUCUCUCCUCACCUGUAUGUUCUGGAAAGACCCUCAGUGUCUCUGAGUCAUGCUGAUGACAUAUCGGAGGGUCAUCCACUGACACUGACCUGCAACAUCGACAACUACAACUACUCCUCAGCAACAGUUGAUUACUGCUGGUACAAGAAGAAGAAUGUGUUUUCAAAAGUUAAAGUCCUCAGUAAAGAUCGACAGCUGGUCUUCAAGUCCAUCAAGUCUUCAGACGCAGCAGAGUAUUGGUGUACUGUGGAGAACCAGCUGGGGAAGAACACAUCAGAACCCGUCUUCAUUGAUGUCCAAUAUGCUCCAAGACGGCCCUCUCUGUCCGUCAGUCCGUCUCUUGUCAUCGUUGAGGGACAGUCGGUGACUCUGACCUGCAGCAGCGAUGCUAACCCGGCCGCCAGCUACACCUGGUACAAGGAUCACCAAAAUCUGACCCAAAAACCACAAGAACAUUACAGUUUCGAUUCCAUCCGUCCUGAAAAUGCCGGAACAUUCUGCUGCGAGGCUGAGAAUAAACAUGGACGUGUCAACUCUUCAGCAGUCUUCAUAGACGUCCAAUAUGGUCCCAGGUCGACCUUUUUCUCCAUCAGUCCGUCUCCUGUCAUCGAGGGGCGAUGGUCGGUGAAUCUGACCUGCGACAGCGAUGCUAACCCGGCCGCUAACUACACCUGGUACAAGGAGAACAUGUCGUCUCCUCUGGCGUCAGGUCAGACGCUGACCUUCAAAGACAUCAGUCCAGGUCAGAGGCUCACCUUCAGGGACAUCAGUCCAGAGCAGGGUGGCCAUGAUUAUUACUGUGAGGCCAACAACAAUAGGGGGAACCAAACCAUUGGUGUGCACGUGAGGGUGAAUGGUAAGACCACUCAUGUCCAAAACACGUCUCCGUCCACUGAAGACAUCAGUGUCCGUAAUUGGAACAUCAUCCGGCUGGUUUAUUCUGCUGUUGUGUUCGUGGGCAUCCUGAUCAUCCUGACUCUGCACUUCAGGACGGCGACGUCUCCCUCGUCCACCGCAGAUCCAAAUGAGCUCGACAAGCCUGCAGAGCUGGACCAUGGCGACUAUGAGAACUUUCAUGCCGCAGUGCUGAGACACCAACGCCAGAAAAAGGACGUGCUGUGACCGAUAUCUUGAGCAUGAACAACAAAGAUGUUUUGAAGCAUUUAUUUUUUUACUUCUUAAAUAUAAAACCCAAAAGCAGUGAAGUUGUCACGUUGUGUAAAUGGUAAAUAAAAACAGAAUACAAUGAUUUGCUAACCCUAUUCAACUUAUAUUCAAUUAAAUAGACUGCAAAGACGAGAUAUUUAACGUUCGAGCUAGAAAACUUUUGUUAUUAUUUUGCAAAUAUUAGCUCAUUUGGAAUUUGAUGCCUGCAACAUGUUUCAAAAAAGCUGGCUUAAGUGGCAAAAAAAGACUGAUAAAGUUGAGGAAUGCUCAUCAAACACUUAUGUGGAACAUCCCACAGGUGAACAGGCCAAUUGGGAACAGGUGGGUGCCAUGAUUGGGUAUAAAAGCAGCUCCCAUGAAAUGCUCAGUCAUUCACAAACAAGGACGGGGCGAGGGUCACCACUUUGUCAACAAAUGCCUGAGCAAAUUGUUUAAGAACAACAUUUCUCAACCAGCAAUUGCAAGGAAUUUAGGGAUUUCACCAUCCACGCUCCGUAAUAUCAUCAAAAUAUUCAGAGAAUCUGGAGAAAUCACUGCACGUGAGCGAUGAUAUUACGGACCUUCGAUCCCUCAGGCGGUACUGCAUCAAAAAGCGACAUCAGUGUGUAAAGGAUAUCACCA